UGGCAUGAACCAGAUCGCAUUGCAAUUUGCGCCCUCAAUGGCGAUCUGCCCUCCUGGACCUAGGCGUCAAGAUUCACGAAACGAAGCAGAAGAGCAGUCGCAAGGGGUGCUCCAACAGUCAGUGGCUUUGUUCUGAUUGCAGUGACCUGCUCUGGUAUACAGUUGGCCUUCUCUGCUACGUCAUGGCGACCUUCUGAGUUGACUUCAAUUAACUUUCUGACGUAAGCGGGCAGCACGGUGAAUCUAGGAAGGCAGGCCUGGGGUCACCACUAACGGCAUUCACAUUAUCUCAUUAUGGUCGGACGUGAGGAAACCAUUGAAAGAGAUGCGCAGCGGCAAGGGAAAAUGAGAAGGAUAAAGGAGCACACGGACUGGUUACUUGAAUCAGACAAUCCAUGGUUCAGCCAGCGGGCGCUGCACAAUGUCAUAAGAAGAGGGGGCUGGGAAGUGGACCCAGCCAAUGAAAAGCAGAAAAUGCGGAACUAUCUUGGAAGUAUUGAAAGGAGCGCUGCCGAAACACAGGAGCGACGAGGAAAGGCCCGAAAGCUGAUACAGAAAAUUGAUGUGGACACGGGCAGAAACAAACAGAGUCGGUCUUUGCAAAAGACCAUGAUGCAGCAGACUGGGAAGGUCCAGGUUGGUGUUGUGGGAGGCGUGCAGAACCGCAGCGAUAGGUUUGCGCCAUGGGAAAGCUGCGCCCCCGGCCUUGAUCACAAGGGGGAGUGGGCCCCUGGGGAGAGACGAGGGAACGCUUCUGCUGAUACUCAGAUGGGUAGGCGGGGCCAGGGUUCCGACAUCAACAGCGCCUUCUCUGCAGUGGGCCUUGACGGUGCUGAUAAAACAAGGUCGCUUGGCAAUUUCGGAGGGAGCAACGUCAGCAUAGACUACAACGACCCGUCGGCGAUGCACACUGGGGAGACUGACAGAUACGGCGGAGCCUUUGGACAGCAGACAUACGGCAAUGAUGGCAAGGAGGGUGUCUUCACGUUCCGUGCAAGCAGCAGAGCUUCGUUCGCCCCCGCAUCCUAUAGCCAAGAACCCGACACGAACCUGCACCCUCCGUUCGGCAUGCCAGCUGGCCCCUCGCACGCAAAUAACACAUUCCCCGCUGCCCCCCGGCAGAUCCUAGGAGAGUUAGCCACGAACUUCCACUCCUCCCAGCCUGCUCCUCCUCGGAAAGCACUGCUACGCAAAGAGAAGCCCCCUACGCUCAAGCCCGGGCUCAGCGGGCCAAUUGAGGCGACCUGGCCAGAGAAAGACCAGCUGAUAGGAGGAGAAUGGGGAUCAGAGUGGGCGUCGGGAUACGAGGGAACGGAGUUCGCCGGUUUUGGACGCGCUUCAAGAGACGAGAGCGAACGAAAGACGAAAGAGAGCGGGGUGGGAGCUGCGCAGCACACGCGGCAGAUGGCAGAGGCCGUACCAGGACUAGCGCCUGGGGAAAUUGGGGCCCGGGGCGCUUUUGGGACGCCGAAGUGGGAGCCCAGAGCAGCGAACCACGCCUACGGGCAGGCGUUAGACAGCCCCCCGGGAUGGCGGAUGACGUCACUCAGUGAAUGGCGCCCAAGGGAGAGGACCUCGCACGCCAGCUGGCAGCCGGACGGGUAUCAGGCGGGUGCGGAGCUGCGCUUGGCAUUCAGUGAUGGACGGAGCUUUGUUCUGGUGGGGCACUCAACGGACGACUUUGACCCGGGUCGCCACGUGUAUGGCGUUCCGAGCUGCCACGUGUACUGGGCCGAGGACAGAGGGUUUGAGGGAGCGAGGAGCAGCGCCCAGGCGAUGCACGAGAUCGGCAGAAACAUUGGCGGAAGUUUGAAACGCAGGCGUGAUGACGUGGAUUCUGACGAGGAGCCGAGAGCGAAACGGGGAGGCGAUAACUCGGGUUUCAACAACUGGAGGAUUCAACCCCGGGGUCCCGUGAGUAUUCGCAUCGUGGGAGGGGAGGGGAACACUGCGAACAACAACUACUACAACAACAGCUUCUAUGGAGGCAGGACCGAUGUGCAUCAGACUCAUAGAAGCCAGCAUCCCAAUGAAGCAGCUCGCGGCGACCGCACGUCUGCGAUGAUGACUCUACCCAUCUUUGAAAGGCGCCUUUGGGGAAAGUGCUCAAGAAAGUCAAGGCCGGGGACGGGCGGUCUUCGAGGCUGA